GGUGGGCACCUUGAUGUCCAGCCCCUUGUCCGAGGAGCCACAGCACAGAUAUGAUGGCCAGGAGCCACACUACAGACAUGGUGGCCAGCCUUGGGUGGGCACCUUGAUGUCCAGCCCCUUGUCCGAGGAGCCACAGCACAGAUAUGAUGGCCAGGAGCCACACUACAGACAUGGUGGCCAGCCUUGGGUGGGCACCUUGAUGUCCAGCCCCUUGUCCGAGGAGCCACAGCACAGAUAUGAUGGCCAGGAGCCACACUACAGACAUGGUGGCCAGCCUUGGGUGGGCACCUUGAUGUCCAGCCCCUUGUCCGAGGAGCCACAGCACAGAUAUGAUGGCCAGGAGCCACACUACAGACAUGGUGGCCAGCCUUGGGUGGGCACCUUGAUGUCCAGCCCCUUGUCCGAGGAGCCACAGCACAGAUAUGAUGGCCAGGAGCCACACUACAGACAUGGUGGCCAGCCUUGGGUGGGCACCUUGAUGUCCAGCCCCUUGUCCGAGGAGCCACAGCACAGAUAUGAUGGCCAGGAGCCACACUACAGACAUGGUGGCCAGCCUUGGGUGGGCACCUUGAUGUCCAGCCCCUUGUCCGAGGAGCCACAGCACAGAUAUGAUGGCCAGGAGCCACACUACAGACAUGGUGGCCAGCCUUGGGUGGGCACCUUGAUGUCCAGCCCCUUGUCCGAGGAGCCACAGCACAGAUAUGAUGGCCAGGAGCCACACUACAGACAUGGUGGCCAGCCUUGGGUGGGCACCUUGAUGUCCAGCCCCUUGUCCAAGGAGCCACAGCACAGACAUGGUGGCCAGCCUUGGGUGGGCACCUUGAUGUCCAGCCCCUUGUCCGAGGAGCCACAGCACAGAUAUGAUGGCCAGGAGCCACACUACAGACAUGGUGGCCAGCCUUGGGUGGGCAUCUCAAGCAAGGAGCCACCACAGCACAGAUAUGAUGGCAAGGAGCCACAGCACAGACAUGGUGGCGAGCCUUGGGUGAAUACCUUGAGCAAGGAGGCACCACAGCACAAACAUGAUGGCCAGGUGCCACCACACCACAAACAUGAUGGCCAGGUGCCACCACACCACAGGCGUGAUGGCCAGCCUUGGGUGGGCACCUUGUGCAAGGAGCCACCACAGCACAGACAUGAUGGUAUGGAGCCACAGCACAGACAUGGUAGCCAGCCCUGGAGGGGGCACCUUGAUGUCCAGCACCUUGUGCAAGGAGCCACAGCACAGACAUGGUGGCCAGCCCUGGGUGGGCACCUUGAGCAAGAAGCCACACCGCAGACGUGGUGGCCAGCCUUGAGUGAAUACCUUGAGCAAGGAGCCACCGCACCACAGACAUGAUGGCUAACCUUGGGUGGGCAC